AUUUUUUUGGGCAAUUUACCUCUGCUUUUUUCUGCUUAUUAUCAAUCCCAUGGGCUUUCAACACCUUUUUCUUUCUUACUUGUUCUAUUCUUUCAUAAUGUAUUGUUUAGUUUUUUUUUUUUUUUGGAAUUUUAGGUGGCAAGAAGAAUAGCUAUGCAUCUAGUUAAUCAAAAUUAAUGAAUAAAGGAAAUUAAAUAUCGCGAAUGCAAAUUUUAUUAUACUCCCUUCAUCUCAUUGGAAGAGUUCUUUUUAAAUUCAACCAACACACUUUUUGUUUUGGAGGGAGAUGUGAAGAAGUUGAAACAGUUAAAAACAACUCUGUCUGUUCAAAAUAUCUUUUUGAUGUAUACCAAUCAAGUUAGAGCUUAGUUGCGGGAGUUGGAGAGGCGAAAGCAGUGAAACGUUAUAAUCAGUCUCUUGGGGGGUUUAUAUUGAAAACUAUAAAAACAUGAGGGGAGUUAGUUGCAAUCUUCUUUUCUUUUUUAUUUUUUUUUGGUUCGCGAACAGUAGCAGCCUAUAGAAGACUGGAUAAGUUUCCCCCGUAGUUUAAUAUUGUUCUGUGUGAAUUUUUCAUUGCUGAAAUAUUUUAGCUUUGUUUUCUGCAAAUUUACAAUCGAAUUUAAUUUCCUAUAUGAUUGAUUUUUUAUUUUUUUUUAGCGGGAUUCUUCAUCUGUGUAUUAAUAUCUUUUUUUUUUGCUUUUGCUUCCCGGUGAAUUCAUUCAAAUUGCUCUUUGGCUUGCAAGAUUUGGAUGGUUGAAAAGCUUUGGAAAUCCUUGAUUCCGUUUCUGUGACAAGAUUUGUACCUUCUGUAGCCACCUAGAAUCAUGAUAUUGCUUUCCAAUUAGGUUGUUGUGGAGCUUCAAAAUUAUUCAUGGCUAAAGCUUCCUUGAUUGCCUAAUGAAGUGAAAUGCAUCUCUGUGGUUGUAUAGUUUCCUCACUGAAAUUUCACCGACAGAGUAUCGAUAAACUUGCUCAAGCAAUGAUGUGGCAUAGAUGAAAACGUUUAAGUGUUGGCUCUGUUCCAAUUUUUUUUUUGGGGGGAUUGUAGCCGGUUUUAUGCUUUCGUUUAUGCCUCGUCAUUCCCUGAGUUAUCUGCCGGGUGAUUUCAGUGAGAUUAUCAUUAUGUUUUAUUUAAGUGUUGUUUCUUUGUGCGGAUGAUUUUACCUAGCUGCAGCAGCUAUGGAGUUGGCAUGGACUCACAUUAUGGCUCGUACAUAUUAGUGAUAUGUUGUUGGUUCACUGAUUGUAGAUGCCUUUUUAUUAUGGAGAGCCGCUGAUUUUGUACAUCUGUGAACUAGCUGAACUAUGCUAGAAUCUCUGAGGCAUGGAGGUUCCUUAGAAAUUGUAGUAGUGUGGUAAAUCAUUAGAUACUUUUCUUGCUUAUCAAAAUAGAUAUCUAAGGGUUUUUUUUUUUUUUCUAUCUCUGCUUCUGGUAACUUUUUUUAACUCUAAUGAGCAUUAGUUUUAAGCUUCUUAAGCUAGAUUGUUGAAUAUUUGUCUUCAUUAGUAGAAGUUAUCAGGGAUAUCUACAUUUUCAAGGUUGAUUAUUCUAGUGUUUGAUGUGUAUCUACUACACUGGUGGACUCUGUCUGGUUGAGUGCACAUCAUAAAGUUACCCAAAUGAUGGUUUUUUCUAAAAAGCAUUCCUCAUUAGUAAAUCUAUGUCUGGAGAAUAUAAUGAGCAAAUGCUGGAAAUUUCAUGUUUGUGAUGUGUAUUCUGAAUUCUUCUGACUUUUGAUUCAAAGAUCUAAUGAAUCUUUAUCUCCUCAUGCAUGUAUCUUAUUCGGCUUUUUUGUUAAAAUGCUUUUUGCACCUUUUUCUCUUUUAGAAUUUGAUGCACGUCUGUGAUUGUUAAAGGCGUCUUAGAAUUUAAAGUUACCGAUUUCCUAACCCCAACCAUCUAUGUAGACAUAUCUAAAGUUAAUUGAAUAUCGAGUACACUGAGUUUUGUUGAAGUCUGAAGAACAUUUCCUUGGUUGUUACUAUAUAGUUAACAUUUGAAAAUUCUUUAAACCUGUUUCCACUAAAAUUUUCCUUGGUUCUUAUAUUGUUAACAUUUUGAAAAUUCUUUUAAUUUGUUUCCACUUUAGCUUCUUUGGCUACAUUUACAAUCCUGAAUUCAAUUACCUAUAGGGUUAAUUUUCCAAUUACCGGCUAUUUCCCUUUAUUAACCGGAAAAGUAGGUAAUAUGUCCAGAAAAGUAGGUAAUAUGUCACCAUAAUUUGAAUACUCCUUUUACUCGAUUCCGUUCCCAUAUUGAAUUCUUUGUAGCAAACAAAGUUUUAGUGGAUUGGCGGGAUAAGGAUGAUACAUCAAUGCAAAUCUGAGCCAUUUAGUCCAGCGUCAUCCUCUUUGGACAUCAUAAAAGGGUUAUAACUGUCACCCCUACUUUUUUACUAGCCCUUAUUAAGUGAGUGACUAACUAUUUUAGGUGGUAGAGUGCUCCUGCAAAAGGUGGACCUUCUUUUUGAUGCAUCAAAGCCGUCGGUAAGCCCUCAGUUCUCUCUUUUUUCUUUUUUCUGUUCACUGCAUAUUUUUCUUUCCUGGAUUUAAUUUGUUUCUCUUUUUUCCCCUGUCGGUGGUAAUUUAUUUCUCUCAAUUUGGCGUGUAUGCCUUUUACAGAUCUGGUAAUUCCAAAUGUCUUGACAUGGAUCUCUUUAUUUUUGUGUUUCCAUUGUACGGCAUAAAGAUUUUUCCUUCUUACACGCCAAUCCAAUGUUUGAUAUCCAUGGUUCAGGAGUAAAUGGAAUUUUAUACCCGAUGUAUUAAAUUUUCGUUUUAAGAAUGUGUCAUGUAGUUUAAAUUCAUACCAAAAAAUGCCGAUUGAAGAUACAUUUUAUUCUUCUUUUCCUCUCCAAGAUCUAAUUAUUUUCUGGGUGAAGUUGUUUUGCCAAUUCUUAUGCAACCCUAAUGUGUAUAGGAAAAAUGUUGACAUUUCCCAUCCUUUUCAAUUUUAUAGAGUUCGGACGGAGUGAACUAAGUGAGAACUAAAGUGAACAGGAGUUUUUCGUUGUAUUGUUGUAAGUUCUCUAUUGCAAUCACCCCCCUCCUUUCCUUUUGAGUGCUUUUUAUGUCUCCUGAUUUCAAAUUUCAAUUUUGUAUAGAGGGAUAAUUUAUAAAUUACUCUCCCUAGGUAAUUCUUUGCUAUUCUGUUUUGAGAUUUAUAUGCUUAAAGGACCAAGUAAUUCCAAAACUGCCAAUGUGCUUGUAUCAAUGAUUUCAAUCUUUGGUAAGUUAACUGAAUGCAGGAAAUUCCAGCUAGAAGUACUCAAUGCAGUCAAAGUGUGUAGAUUUUACGUAAAAUUGAUGCAGUGUAUUCCUCUUUUUCCCCUAUUUUGCAGGGUAGCAUUGAUAGUUAUUGUGUUCAACAAGUAUUAGUCUAGCAAUAUGCCUAAUAUAAGCCCUUUGUAAGCCUGUUGUGAGUUAAAAGAACUUUUAAGUUCAGUACUAAUCCUGUAGAUGGAUUGGUUUUGAAUGCCACCCGUAUCUCCAACACUUGUAGUUGAAGAACUAGAACCAGAACCCUUGAUGAGUUGUUAUUGGAAAUACUUAUUUUCGCUACUUGAGGACUGCAUUCAUUUGUCAUUUUACUGCUCUCUUACUUUGUGGCGAGUUUAGUGCAUUAUUGUUUUCAUCUUAUGUUGUUGCACUUAAUAGUUCCCUUUUACCAUUAUUGCUGUGUCUUGGUGGAACUUGACUGCAGUCUCUUUCAGAGGCUUAGCAUAUCAGGAAAUGCUAUGUUAUGUUUCAUCAGUAAACCACUCUCCAUGACUAGCAAAUUAUUAAACUUGAAAUUAGAUUAGUCCAAGUACAAGUUCAAGGAUGUCGUUGCAGCACACUACUUCUGUUUUUCUGUUAUGUUUGUUUUCUUGGAUACAGUUUAUGUUGAAGUGUCAUUUAUAUCUUCGUUUGCUCCAAAUUUGUUUCAAAAGCAGUAUUUAAUGUAAAAGAAGGCAAUAAAUAACUUUGCAUUAAGUAAAUGAUCGCAUUUUUUAUUUAGAUAUUACAUGUGUUCCUGAAAGGGCCAAAUGACAGAGUACAUAAGGAUUUCAUAAAGUGUGAAUGAGAUUCUGUUGUUUUGAAGCUCUUAAUGUGUGAAGCCUUGUGAAUGAGAUUCUGUUGUUUUGAAGCUCUUAAUGUGUGAAGCCUUCUUUUCUUCCAUUUUCCCCCUUUUCCUUUCAAUAAAAAAAUCAGGAACUGCUUGUAGGCAACUUGUGAACAAGUAUGCUAUGUAGUCUUUUAGUUUUUCAUAACUUAUUGAUGGGAUAAAAGCAUCUGUGUAAAACUGAUACCUUCAGCAGCAUUUUUUUUUUUUUUAAAUUGAAUCACAACCUUGUGUGGAACUACCGCUUCACCUGGUGGCUGGUUAUGAACCAAACUUUAUUGACUGCUUUGUUGUCAAAGUUUAAGUUCUCUUUCAUUUCUGCCAGUUGUUGCUCUCACUAUCUCAUCUUAUGGGUACUCUUUUAAGUCUCAAGUGGACAUUGAUAAAAUCGCACUUUGAGUACCCAUGGUGGUUUUAUAUUAUACCUGUGAUAGAACUUCCCCUUCACAAUUUUCCUUAUGUCAUUGUACCUCUAUAAAUUUUUAAAUGUGAUUUUGCUCUUUUACUUUCAGAAUUGAUUGAAUGUCCUUAUCUUGGUUGCAUCUAUAUCUAAUUGCACCAUUAUGUAUUAAGUCUGCAUGGUUCAAACUGGAGGAGCUAUCAGAUAACUUUCUUGUGUUCUGAUGAUUGUUUAGUUUCCAAAACUAAAUCCUGUUGCUGACUGAGUGUGCAAUAAAAGCAUCUAGAAAUUGGAAACAUUCUUGUCAGAUUCUUUAGACUACCGAUACUUCUGUUUUCUGUUAGGAAUUUCAACUUAAAAAGUUACUUCAAGUUGGUUACUGAUUGAGCAAUAUUAAUUUGUUCUGCUUUCUUUUUCAGAUUCUUACUGAUUUUUUUAAUUUCAGUGUAUAUUAGUCCAUCAAAUCAGGAAUGGCAUCCAUGGACAUUAAAAUUCAAGAUCAUGGUACUGUUGUCGAUGGGAAAAAGCAGCGAAUCAUGUGCAAUCACUGCGAAAAAGUUGUUAGCGGGUAUAGCCGUCUGAAGUGCCACCUUGGAGGGAUACGUGGCGAUGUUGUUCCUUGCAUAAAGGUUCCUGCUGAUGUGAAAGAAGCCUUUGGCAAGGAGGUCCGUGCAAAGAAGAAGGGUAACUUGACCAGGGAUGUCGGGAAGCUUUCUCCCCCUAAUCUUCCCACAAGAAGAACGUGGUCUUGUGUUUCCAGUUCUACCGAGCUUUCGGUCCCAGAAUCUUUUGAACCUUCUGAAGAUGAAAAUGAGAAGAGAGCAAGAACUGGUGCUUCUUCUAGAAAUGGUGGAAGAUCUUUCCCUCUGAAUCCUUGUACUCCAUCAGUUACUACCAAGCAGUAUUCUUUGUCAACGGAUGCCCAGAAGGCAAUUGGUAAAUUCUUUUAUGAGACGGGAUUGGAUUUUACUGCUUCCAGUGUUCGCAGCUUUCACAGAAUGAUGAAUGCCAGCACUGAAAAUCUGCAUACUAUUGAUGGAAUUCCAAGUUCUGAGGAUUUGAAGGGGUGGAUCCUUCAGGAAGUAUAUAAAGAAGUGCAUGCGGAUGUCCAAAGUAUUCGAGAAUCGUGGGCCAGCACUGGAUGCAGCAUACUGCUAGAUGGUUGGCAAGAUUCAAGGGGUAGAAAUCUUCUCCAUAUAUUAGCAGCUUGCCCAAGAGGCACGGUUUAUAUCCAGUCAGUAGACAUCACUGGUUUUGAUAGGAAUAUUAGCUUCAUGCUGCUACUUCUUGAUGGAGUUAUUGAUGAUGUUGGUGUUGAGAAUGUUUUGCAGAUCGUAACCUACACAACUUCACCCUGGAUGGCUGAAACUGGGAAGAGAUUCAUGGAGCAGCAUGGAACUGUUUUUUGGACUGUAAGUGACUCACUUUGCAUUAAACUCAUGUUGGAGAGAAUUGGGAGAAGGGAAGAUGUCCAUGAUACACUAGUCAAAGCCAAAACCAUAACAAGUUUUGUGCAUAGUGAUUUCUUUGUUUUGAAACUUAUGAGAGAUCUGACUUCAGUACAUGAUUUAGUGUUUCCAUCCAAGUUUAAUUUUCUCAUACCUUUCUUGACUCUUGAAAACUUGUUCGUGGAAAGAAAAAACAUCCAAAAAUUGUUCUGCUCAACUUUUUGGGAGACCUCAAAAUUGGCAUCGACAUUGGAAGGACGGAAGGUGGCUAAGUUGGUGGCUGAUGAUUCUUUUUGGGAAGGAGCUAAUCAGGUUUUGCAUGCAACCAUGCCGCUUGUACGGGGCCUGGAGUUGCUAUCGAAGAAUGAUGUGCCAAAAAUUGCUUAUAUAUAUGAGACAAUGGAUCAAGUGAAAGAAAAAAUUGAAAAAAACUUCGAGGGUAAGGAAUCUUGUUAUCAGCCAGUCUGGGACGACAUUGACUACAUUUGGAACAACUAUUUACACAGCCCUCUCCAUGCUGCGGGUUAUCUUCUGAAUCCAUAUUUUCGUUAUGCUGAUGGCUUCUCUGAUGACUCAGAAGUUAGGAGUGGCAUUGAUGCCUGCUUUGCAAGGCUCUCUGGAAAUUAUGAUCGUGUGUGUUCUCAACUUCUGCAUUACGAAAUGGGAGAUGGUGCCUUUCAUCAAGGGAUCAGCUGUGCGUUAAAAAAAUCUCCAGGAAAAUGGUGGCAAACCUAUGGAGGGGAACAUCCUGAAUUGCAACGAUUGGCCAUCCGCAUAUUGAGCCAAACCUGUAACGGUGCUUCAAAAUACAACCUGAACCGGAGCUUGGCUGAGAGGUUCCUCAUUGACCCUAUGAUCCCUAUGAACCCUGUAGAACGACUGAGACUGGCUGAUUUGCUGUUUGUGCAUUAUAACCUAUGCCUGCAAAAUUUCCCCAAAACUGCUGCAGAGGGCUUUCCAUGUGAUGAGAUUAGUCCCAUGCAUGACUGGGUAGUUGACAGUACACGAUUAUUCCUGCCUGACAGAGCUGGGGUUUCAUGGACAGACCUGGCUCGCAAGGAAGAAGGAAAUUCGAUGAGUGGUGAUUCUGGAUGCUCUAGUUGAUCAUGUCCUGAGCAAUAAGAUCAGUCAAAGUUAGCGCGUUUUGAAUGAGCAGAAAAUAGAUACCAUAGCAAUCUUGGCUCUUUUUUUUUUUUUGGUUUUCUUUUUGAAAAAAAAAAUUUCCUUUCGGACUUUCGGUAUGUAGACUCUUCUAUUCUCGAGAAACUUAUUUGGAGUACUUUCCAUUAAUAUUAAGACAAAGUUUGGGGUAUAAUUCUAUUAUUGUAUAUUUGUUUGGUUAUUGUGUGUUUUCUUUCACUUGAAAUCCAAUUUUUUACAGGG